AUGUCGUUCCAGCCAGCAAUCGCUUCACCCUCACUCGGCCACCAGACGGUACAUCCGAUUACUUCAAGAUUGGAAGUAGCAGUAUCGCAUGGUUUUAAGCUCAGAGACCACCUGGGUGAAGUGAGCGACAACACGAUGAUUCAGGCUGCCAUCGACAUCAACAGAAUCUGCGACAGACUGAAGAUCAAGCCCUGUGUUCUUCAACCAUUUUGGUUCUACGAGGGCUUACUUGAUCCUAAAGAACCUGCGGCUCGGAUUUCCAAGUUACGGUUAUGGAUGCAGCUAGUCAAGAUGCUCGGUAUACGAAUUGUUCAAGUUCCUACCAACUGGAUGAAGAAAGGCACAACGGGUGACACUGAUACCAUUGUCAAGGAUUUCCUGGAGAUGGCCUCGAUUGGGCUUGAGCAAGAUCCACCUGUGUCUUUCGCAUAUGAGGUCGUAGCGUGGGGCACGCAUAUCGACACCUGGCAAGGGACUUGGGAGAUUGUGAAGCGUGUCAACAUGCCCAAUUUCGGGCUUUGCUUGGAUACCUACCACAUUGCCGCGCGUGUCUGGGGAGAUCCAACAGCCCCUGAUUGCAAACAGCCCGGCGGUGACGAAGCCCUUAGGAAGUCGAUGGAAGAACUAGCUACGACGGUUGACGUCAACAAGAUCUUCUAUGUACAAUUGUCAGAUGCGAAGCUACUGGAUCAGCCACUUGUCCAGGGCCACCGUUUUUACGACGAGGAACAGCCGUCACGAAUGUCUUGGUCGAGAAAUGCUCGCCUGUUUCCUUGGGAGAAGGGCCAAAGCGCAUGCCUCCCGCUUGAGCCCGUUGUUGAUGCUAUUUUUAAUUCUUUGGGAUUUGAAGGACUUGUUACAGUGGAGAUGUUUUCAAAAGAACUGUUUCAAGACGACCCGAAGGUCCCGGACAGGUUUGCGACCAGGGCCAAGCAGAGCUGGUGUACGGCAAUGCAAAAGAUAAAUAACCUAUAG